AUGUUUGUUUAUAUUUCGCAAUGGAUUAAACUAAAGAAUUAUCCAUCUAUUAAUGUCGAAAAUUUCUCAUCUUCCUGGAAAGAUGGACUUGCUUUCUGUGCUUUAAUUCACAAAUAUUUUCCCGACCUUGUAGAUAUUAAUGCUCUCUCACCGGAAGAGGCUGUGAAAAACUUGGAACUAGCGUUCUUUGUUGCAGAAACGAAAUUAGAUGUUCCUGUGCUUAUAAGUCCCCAUGACGUGGUUUCUGAAAGAAGACUAGAUGAGAAUUUAAUAUUGGAUUAUGUCUCAAGGUUGCACAGAGCUAUAUCUCGGAAAUUUUCUGAUCAAAUGUUGCUUACUGCCUCUCCAGAGACAGAUUUAUCAUGCUUGAAAUAUACAACAAAAAUUAAAUCAAUGCGUGAAGAGGAUGGUAACAUCAAAGAAUUGCUAAAUCAGUGGCUUCAUACUGUGCAAUUAAAGGAUGAUCUUUUCAAGAGAGAAUCAGAAUUACUUCAAAGACUUCGUUGUCAAGAAUUGGAGGAUCGUCAUGCAGAGCUAGAGUAUGAGCUACGGACGCUAUUGGCCAAACAAGACAUCUUGAAAACCAAAGAAGAAAAAGUGCGGGAGGAAGAACUGAUUGCUGAUUUAAUAUAUGUAGUCGAUAAAAGAGCUGAACUUGCAGAAUCAGUUGGAAAUGUAAAAAAAAAUAUGCAUAAACGAGAAGUUAAAUGA